AUGAUAUCAGAAAGUGUAUCAUUUCUUAAGGGUAUGCUGGUUGGGAGCACUUGCUGUGUUUUUAUAACUAUGUUUGGGCAAAUUAACAUGCGACACAGAGGUAGAACUCAAGACCACGCGCAUCAUCACCUCCGCCUACCUCACACAAAAGAUUUCUUAAACAUUUCCGAAGCGCAACGCAUGGAGCUUAGCAAAAAUAUCCGUAUUUACUGUAUCAUCCUUGGAGAAUCCAAUGAUGAGCAUUAUUGGGCUGUACUGAAAGAGACUUGGACCAAACACUGUGACAAAGCAGAGCUCUACAAUACUAAAAAUGAUAAUUUGUUUAAUAAAGAAAAUGACAAGUGGACACAGAUGAGGAAAACUUACCAACAUGUCUUUGAAAAGCAUGGGGACAACUACAGCUGGUUCUUUCUUGCACACCCCACUACAUUUGCUGUCAUUGAAAAUUUAAAGUAUCUUCUGUUUACUAAGGACGCAUCACAACCUUUCUAUCUGGGUCACACUGCAACAUCUGGCGACCUCAAAUAUGUGACUAUGAAAGGAGGAAUUGUCUUAAGUAUGGAGACUCUGAAAAGACUUAACAGCUUUCUUAAUAAGACUAAAAAGUGUGCAGAGCAAAGGGCCUUUUGGGAGUCAUCUGCAGAUAUGCAGCUGGCAGUCUGCCUGAAAUACGUGGGAGUCCUUGCAGAAAAUGCAGAGGACUCUGAAGGAAGAGCUAUAUUUAAUACAAAACCAAUUGCACAUCUUAUUAGAGAGACAAUGUCUAAUAACCGUCAGCCAGUAGUAGAAGGCUGCUGUUCAGAUAUGGCUGUUACUUUUAGUAGACUGACUCCCCAAAAGAUGACAGUAAUGAUGUAUGGUGUGUAUCGGCUCAGGGCAUUUGGACAUUAUUUCAAUGACACACUGAUUUUCUUGCCUCCAAAUGGUUCAGAAAAUGACUGAGGGCUGGGGAGUAACAGAACUGUGCUGUCCAAGAGCACUUGAAAUGUGGCUAGUCCAAAUUGCGAUGUGGUGUAAGUGUAAACUACACACUUCACUCAAUACUAUAUUAUUUGAAAACCUAUUACAAA